UCUACAAUUGAAUUGUAUUUCUAUAAAUCCUUUCACAAUCAAAAUUGAAAUUCUUUUCUUUGUAAAAAAAGUUGUUGACUUUGGUUUUACAGAAAUAAAAACAGGAAAAAAAAAAACUGAGCUUUGAAAUUUCAAUACACAGAGAGAAAAGGGAAUGGAGGGAGCAGCAGCAGGAGCUCAGUACAACCCACGAACAGUUGAAGAGGUUUUCAAGGAUUUCAAAGGCCGCAGAAGUGGCUUAAUUAAAGCCCUUACUACUGAUGUUGAAGUGUUCCAUUGGCAAUGUGACCCGGAGAAGGAAAAUCUGUGCUUGUAUGGCUUUCCCAAUGAGCAAUGGGAAGUCAGUUUACCUGCUGAAGAAGUGCCUCCAGAACUUCCUGAGCCUGCACUUGGUAUUAACUUUGCAAGAGAUGGCAUGCAAGAAAAGGACUGGUUAUCCUUAGUAGCUGUCCAUAGUGAUGCAUGGCUGCUUUCUGUGGCCUUCUAUUUUGGUGCCAGAUUUACAUUUGAUAAAGCUGACAGGAAGCGACUUUUUGAUAUGAUAAAUGAUGUUCCGACAAUAUAUGAAGUUGUGACUGGUGGUGAAAAGAAACAAGUGAAGGAGAAGUCAUCUGUCACCAAUCACAGUAGCAACAAAUCCAAGUCAAACUCCAAAGUGGUAAAAAAGCGAGAAUCUCAGGGAAAGUUUUCAGAAGCAUCACAGCCAAAGGAUGAAGAUGAGGUCUUGGAUGAGGAAGAUACUGACGAGCAUGGGGAGACAUUAUGUGGUGCAUGCGGUGAGAACUAUGCAGCUGAUGAAUUCUGGAUUUGCUGCGACAUCUGCGAGAGGUGGUUCCAUGGCAAGUGUGUGAAGAUCACCCCUGCUAGAGCUGAGCAUAUUAAGCAGUACAAGUGCCCAUCCUGCAGUAACAAGAGAGCUCGCCCUUGAUAUAUGGGUGAGGACACUGGUUUUGCCUUUGCAGUCUCUGUUGCUGGAGUCAGCUAAUUGGCUUCUUAACCAGUAUGUUUCUUGGAUCUAUUUUAUGUGCAGUGUGUUAGCGGCUUAGCGCGGGUAGUACGUGUUUCUAUAUGAAAUUUAACUUUCAUUGUAGAAAUCGUUUAAUGUUCUCGUGCUUUGAUGUAAGUGCAUCAUAGAAAUUGUUACGUGUGAAUAUCUCAAAUCAGUGAAAAUCCCAAAACACAAAGAGAAGUUACAUUGGAA